ACGUGCGCCGUGGUCCAGCAGAGCUCACCUUCCAGCUUGCGGCGGUUUAUUUGGCUUUCUCCUUUCAUCUUUCUUUCUCUUUACUUUUCGUAUAAGAGGGAAAAGUUGAGUCGAACGUGUUCACCAAUUGCCACCUCCCCAUUAUCCUCCACUCCCGCUCUAUUUUUUUCCCUCCUCCUUAAGCAGUGUCAACGUUUUUUUUUUUUUUUUUUUUUUUUUUUUUUUUUUUUUUUUUUUUUAAGUGUCUAUUUUGUUUUACGAUCGAUAGUUUGCCUUGUUUGGUCCCGGCGGCUGCAGAUCCGCGGAGUAGCGUGGACCUCAUGUAGAAAUGACAGCGAUGGAAGGGGCCGGCGGGUCGAGUUUUGGAAUUGACACGAUUUUGUCCGGCGCCGGCUCCGGCAGCCCAGGCAUGAUGAACGGAGAUUUCCGCUCGCUCGGCGAAGCGAGGACCGCGGAUUUUAGGAGCCAGGCCACCCCUUCACCUUGUUCGGAGAUUGAUACCGUGGGAACGGCGCCCUCUUCUCCGAUCUCCGUCACCUUGGAGCCCCCGGAGCCGCAUCUCGCGACAGAAGGACCCCAGCAUCACCACCACCUCCACCACGGCCAACAGCCGCCGCCACCGACCGCGGCCCCAGCGCAAAGUUUGCAGCCUUCGCCCCAGCAGCAACCGCCGCCACAGCCGCAGUCUGCAGCCCAGCAGCUGGGCUCGGCCGCCUCGGCCCCCAGGACUUCCACUUCUUCUUUUUUAAUUAAGGACAUCUUGGGAGACAGCAAACCUCUGGCGACUUGCGCACCCUACAGCACCAGCGUUCCCUCUCCUCAUCACACGCCAAAGCAGGAGAGCAACGCGGCGCUGGAGAGCUUCAGGCCAAAGCUGGAGCAGGAGGACAGCAAAACCAAGCUGGACAAGAGGGAAGACUCCCAGGGUGACAUCAAAUGCCACGGAACAAAGGAGGAAGGAGACCGGGAGAUCACGAGUAGCCGCGAGAGUCCCCCCGUGAGAGCCAAGAAACCUCGGAAAGCCAGAACAGCUUUCUCGGACCAUCAGCUAAACCAGCUGGAGCGCAGCUUUGAGCGGCAGAAGUACCUAAGCGUCCAGGACCGGAUGGACCUGGCGGCUGCACUGAACCUUACUGACACCCAAGUCAAGACCUGGUACCAGAACCGCAGAACCAAGUGGAAGCGGCAGACUGCCGUGGGCCUGGAGCUGCUGGCGGAGGCCGGGAACUACUCCGCGCUGCAGAGGAUGUUUCCGUCGCCUUAUUUCUACCAUCCAAGCCUGCUGGGCAGCAUGGACAGCACCACCGCGGCGGCGGCGGCCGCGGCCAUGUACAGCAGCAUGUACCGGACUCCUCCAGCGCCCCAUCCGCAGCUGCAGCGGCCGCUGGUGCCCCGGGUGCUCAUCCACGGCCUGGGGCCUGGGGGACAGCCGGCCCUCAACCCUUUGUCCAACCCCAUCCCAGGCACCCCGCAUCCCCGGUGAGGAAGGAAGGACAGUGCCGGCCCUCCAGGUUCCCACCCCGUCCCGUCCCGGACAGCUGCCCCGCCUGCCUGCCUCUCCCUGCACCAGGCCGACAGGAAUAGAGGCGAUGGAGUCAAAGGGGAGCUCACCGGUGGGCUGGUGUCCCCAAGGACCAGGCAGCCCUCUGCUCUCCAUCUGCCCGCCUCAGAGGCAGGGCUGCAAAGCUCCCCAACCGUGUGACUGGCGAAAAAUACUGAAAGUGCAACCAGUAAGUGAAAACAUCUACAAAACAAACCCUCCGAGUUCUUAUUAACAGAAUGGCUUUAGGGACAAGCAG